AAACUACGUCUAAGGAUAUUUAUUUGGAUUUAGCUUGCACUUGUUUUAAUUUACGUAUCUCAAUGUUCCAGUUGUCCUUGCAUUAAAAGCGUACACUGCCAUUUUGCUAGAUAUUACGGUAACGUCAGGUAGGCGUGCUCUGCAUCGGAAUGUACCAUUUUGCCAACACACCGGGAAGGAUUUUGUUGUGACAGCGGAGUCACAACCCGGCGGGGGGAGACGGUGAUAACAUAGGUUUUUUCAUCUCGGAUCAACAAUGGCCUUCAGCAAGGGAUAUCGCAUUUACCACAAGCUGGACCCACCCCCCUACAGUGUCAUUGUGGAAACUAGGACCAGGGAAGAAUGCCUCAUGUUUGAAUCGGGGGCUGUUGCUGUUCUGUCAUCAGCAGAGAAGGAAGCCAUUAAAAAUACAUACACCAAGAUUGUUGACGCCUAUGGAAUCCUGGGUGUCCUCCGCCUAAACCUGGGUGACUCCAUGCUCCAUAGUUUGGUAGUUGUGACAGGAUGCAGCUCUGUGGGGAAGGUGCAGGAUUCUGAGGUUUUCAGGGUCACACAGACAGACUUUAUAUCACUGAAGAAUGAUCCAGGAGACGAGGACCGGAUCGCUGAGGUGCGAAAGGUCCUAAACUCAGGACACUUCUACUUUGCCUGGUCUUCCACUGGUGUCAGCAUGGAUUUGAGUCUCAAUGCACAUCGCAGGAUCCUAGAAGACACAACAGAUAACCGCUUCUUUUGGAACCAGUCUCUGCACUUGCACCUGAAACAUUAUGGAGUAAACUGUGAUGACUGGCUGUUGAGGCUGAUGUGUGGCGGUGUGGAGAUCAGGACCAUCUAUGCAGGUCACAAACAGGCCAAGGCCUGCAUCUUCUCCCGCCUCAGCUCAGAGCGAGCCGGCACACGAUUCAAUGUCCGGGGAACAAAUGAUGAUGGACAGGUGGCCAACUUUGUGGAGACCGAACAGGUUAUUUUCCUGGAUGACAGAGUCUCAUCCUUCAUCCAGAUCCGUGGGUCCAUUCCUCUUUUCUGGGAACAGCCAGGAAUCCAGAAAAAGUCCAUUAAGGGUGUUUUGUUGUACCUGAAUGAGAAUCGGCACCUUAAUGGACUGGAUGAAAACCCCCACUUGGUUGGCUCUCAUCGUGUCAAACUCUCAAGGGGAUUUGAGGCAAACGCGCCAGCAUUCGAAAGACACUUCACUGCGCUGCGGAGGUUGUAUGGUAAACAGGUCAUCAUUAACCUGCUGGGGAGCAAGGAAGGGGAACACAUGCUCAGCAAAGCAUUUCAGAGUCACCUGAAGGCAUCUGAGCAUUCAACAGCAGUGAAAAUGGUGAACUUUGACUACCAUCAAAAUGUAAAGGGAGGGAAGGCAGACAAACUUCACAGUGUCCUCAAACCCCAGCUCCACAAAUUCAUAGAAGAGUGUGGGUUUUUCUACUACUCAGGAGAGAUGGGCAUUGCAAGGACUCAGGGUGGGACCAUCAGGACCAACUGCCUGGACUGUCUGGACAGAACCAACAGUGUACAGGCCUUUUUUGGCCUUGAGAUGUUGCCAAAGCAGCUGGAGGAAAUGAGUUUGACAGAGAAACCCCAGCUGGUGGCCAGGUUCCAGGAGGUUUUUAGAACCAUGUGGUCUGCAAACGGAGACUCCAUCAGUAAGAUCUACGCAGGCACUGGUGCCCUGGAUGGCAAGGCCAAGGCGGGGAAGCUAAAAGAUGGAGCUCGUUCUGUGACCAGGACCAUCCAGAACAACUUCUUUGACAGUUCUAAGCAGGAGGCUAUAGACAUCCUGAGGCUGGGCUCCACACUCAACAGUGAUUUGGCAGACAAAGCUCGGGCCUUGCUCACCACUUCCAGUCUUUAUGCCUCCCCAAGAGUAUUGCUGGGAAUGUGUCAGAACUACCAUAAAUACACGAGGCCCAAGCAGAUCCGGGUGUGUGUCGGCACCUGGAAUGUGAAUGGGGGCAAACAGUUUCGCAGCAUUGCUUUCCGCAACCAGACACUCAACGACUGGCUGCUUGAUGCUCCAAAGAAGGCAGGGCAUCCUGAGUUCCAGGACAGCAAAGCCAACCCUAUAGAUAUCUUCGCCAUCGGUUUUGAGGAAAUGGUUGAACUGAAUGCUGGCAACAUUGUCAGUGCCAGCACCACUAACCAGAAACUGUGGGCAGCUGAGCUCCAAAAAAACAUCUCACGGGACCACAAGUAUGUACUGCUUGCUUCAGAGCAGCUGGUGGGAGUGUGUCUUUUUGUUUUCAUCCGCCCACAGCAUGCACCCUUCAUCAGGGAUGUUGCUGUAGAUACUGUAAAAACUGGAAUGGGUGGGGCCACAGGCAAUAAAGGUGGCGUGGCCAUCCGCCUGCUGUUCCACACCACCAGCAUCUGCUUCGUCUGCUCCCACUUUGCUGCUGGCCAAUCACAGGUCAAGGAGAGGAACGAUGACUACAGUGAGAUCACACGCAGACUCAGCUUCCCGAUGGGUCGUCUGCUCUACUCACACGAUUACGUGUUCUGGUGCGGAGACUUUAACUAUCGUAUCAGCCUGCCCAAUGAGGAAGUGAAAGAACACAUCAAACAGCAGAACUGGGAUGCCUUGACAGCUGGGGACCAGUUGUUGGACCAGAAGAAUGCUGGUUUGAUCUUCCGAGGUUUUAUUGAGGGAAAGUUAGAUUUCGCUCCCACCUAUAAGUAUGACCUCUUCUCCGAAGAUUAUGACACCAGCGAGAAGUGCCGCACACCAGCCUGGACUGACCGCAUCCUCUGGAAGAGGAGGAAGUGGAACUUUGACAAAACAGCUGAGGAGAUGAAUGUAGUAGGUGCAGCCUCUAUGUCUGUGGAGAAUGAGGAUGAUCCAGACCACCCUUGGAGCCCCGGCUCUCUUAAGUACUAUGGCAGGGCUGAGCUGAAGACCUCAGACCACAGGCCUGUGGUGGCGAUAAUGGAUGUGGACAUCCUGGAAGUCGACCCGGAAGCUCGGCACCAGGUCUACAGAGAUGUCAUUGCCCUGCAGGGGCCUCCAGAUGGCACCAUCCUGGUGUCACUGUGCUCCUCUGGCCCCGAGGACUACUUUGACGAUGCUCUCAUCGACGAGCUGCUGGACAAAUUUGCUAAUUUUGGAGAGGUCAUCCUCAUCAGGUUUGUUGAGGAGAAAAUGUGGGUGACCUUCCUAGAAGGUUACUCUGCUCUUGCUGCUCUGUCUCUCAGUGCUUCUACUGUCCUUGGCAAAGUGAUUGACAUCCGUCUGAAGAGUCCAGGCUGGAUCAAGAGUCUGGAGGAGGAGAUGAGCGUAGAGAGGAUCUGUGGAAGCAUCCCCACCUCAGCCAGCUCCACUCUGCUUGCUGAGGACACGGACAUGGGUGACGAUGAUUAUGAUAUGGAAGGUGAUGUGGACGAGGAGGUGGAGGAGAUCCUUCCCCAGCACCUGCAGCCUGGAGCAGGCUCUGGCCCUGGAUCCUCACCUCUCCCCUCCCCCCGCAGUAGCCCCUGUCCCUCCCCCACCCACGGGGAACCUGCAGUCCCCAGCAGGCCUAGUCGUGCGCCACAACCCUCCCGACCAUCACAAGGGCCUCCUGUUGACUUCCAGCCAGGUGCCCCCACAUCUCAAGGCCUGGAGCCCAAACGCCCGCCUCCCCCUCGCCCCAAUGCCCCCCCAGCCAGACCAGCACCCCCUCAACGCCCACCACCUCCUUCAGGUCGAGGUCAGGCAGCAGCAGGAGCUCCUGGACCUGGAGGUGUUCCCAGACCGAAUGUCCCUCCGAGAGCCGGGGUGAUCAGUAUGCCCCCGCAGUCUCGACCACCUCCCGCUCACCCUGGAGCACCCAGACCUAUCCCAGAAGUGCAUCCCGGAGCCCCUCGGCCCAUUCCAGACACUCAUCCUGGAGCCCCACGACCUGUGCCCAGUGCUAUACCUAAACCGACGGACCUGCCUCUGGGUCCUCCACCCUCAGGACCACCUCCUGCAGGGCCCCCUGCAGCGAGGCCCCAGGUUCCAUCACCAAUGCAGCCACCCAUGCAGCCCCAACCUGCUGCCCCUCCAGCUCAGUCCCAGCUCCCACCACCGAUGCAGCCCACACUUCCAGCUCCUCUCCAGCCACAGCAGGCUGCAGCUCCUAAAGCAGGGCCUCCUCCUCCUGCUGCUGCUGGUGCUGCCGCUGCCCCUGCUGGGCCUCCACAGAGUCUGUCCUCUCCUAAACCACCACCACGUUCCCGCUCCUCUCACGCUCUGCCGCCUGAUGCUGCCAAGUCCGAGGCAGCCCCAGCUGCACAGACAAAUGGACUGAAUGGAAUCCAAAGAGAAGCACAAUGGAAGCCCGACCCCUUCGAUACACUUGCAUCUGAUUUCCUCUCCUCCUCUUCAUCCUCCUGGCACACCACCCAGUCCCUGACCAGAGGCUCCUCUCUGCGUACUCCCCCCACUGUUCCUACAUCUGCGUUUUCCUCCAGCACUCUCCCUUCAUCCUUCUCCCACCAGGCCCCCGCUCUGUCGGACCUGCAAGCGCUCAAUUCGUCCUCCUCUUCCUCACUCUCCACGCCUUCUCCGUUCUCUUCCUCCCUGCUCCCGCCUCCUCCAGUCCCGUCUCGUAGUCGCUCACAGGAAACACUGCGUCUCUCCCCUGGCCCCUUCCCAAGUGACCCACUUCCUGCCCGACCCAGCAGCACCAACCCCUUCACAGGCCCACUCGCGCAGCAGCAUCAGCAGCGCCGCGCCCUUACCCCGGACUUCAGCGUCCAGCGUCCCGGCCCGAUGUCGAACUUUCAGAGGACCAUGUCUGCUCUUACUCAGCCACUCAUCCCCACCCCUGCUCCAACAGCGGUCCCUGCAGCUGCACCCACCUCCCAGCUCCAAAGGACCGUGUCCCUGUUUGGACCAUCAUCCACUCUCAAUCCUACACCUGCUCCUGUCAACCCCUUCACCACUGACCCGUCUUUUGCUCCUGCCUUGCCUCUGGCACCACCCUCCACCGUUCCGCCUGUGCUUGCGCCUCGCCAGCCACCUCCCCCAGCGGGGAAACCAACCCAGCAGUGGGUCACUUUUGAUGAUGAUUUGGAUUUUCCACCUACGACCAAAGCACCACAGACCCCUGCAUUCCCUUCCAACUCCCUAAUGCCCCAAACACAGACUCAGCUUUCCCGCUCUGUGUUUGACUCCGAGCCAUCCUGGUUAUCCGCGGCACCUUCAGUAAUCCCGAACCUCCCUCCGCCCAUCGCAACUAGAACUGCAACCGGUAACCCAAGACUCCCAGAAGGAUCCGUCGACGACUGCUUCUUCCCCAGGGAGUCGACAGAAAGAUAGAAUCACCCUUAAUAUGUAAAGGGCAUAUCCAGAUAUGUAUAGAUCUAUGACAGAUGUGUAUAUGUGUGUGUGUAUGUACAAAAGAGACAGUAUUUAAGACGUAUAGAGCAAUCCCCUUGUGAAUCGCAGGAAAGGAUUUAUAUCUUGAGCAGUAACAUGAGAAGUGUGUGAGCCUAAAUGUGUGUUCUAACUUUACCACAGAGAUAUUUGCUUGUUCCCUGAUAUUAACAUUUAUUUUAAUAUGAAUUGUUCUGAUGUUUAUUUUUAUUUAUGGCAGCAAACGUGCCUGUGUCUACAGUAUACAGUUAUACAAACUACUUUUAGACUCACAAAUCAUGUGUAAGCACCUGUGCAAUAUCAGGACAUGUCUGGGUGGCCGUGCAGCACACUGCAUUCGCCAGCGAGGUUUCACCUAAAGCGGUGUUGCCCUCGCAUUUGCUACCUUUGCUAACACACUGCGGUUCAUAUUCCUCCUUUUGACUUAUUUGUACAUUAGAGCGGGAUUCUCGGAGUAGAUGGUGAUCUUCUACGUUCUCGGUUUUGUCGUGUAGUAGGCUAUGCACUGCAGGUUUUACAUUUUCCCCCAGAUUUGCAGCUGUGUACAGCAGUUGGAUAGCUUUGACUCGCAAAGAGGAAAAAGUUAAUUCUAUGUUCGUUUUUUUUUUUUUUGUUUUCUUUUUUUAGUUCUUUUGGGUCUGAGGGGUGCAAAGUCAAAAGUCACGUUGUGUGCUUGCUUUUAUCUUGAAUGUACUUUAUGUUGCACUGGGUUUUGUCAUUGCCUCCUUGCUGACACCACAGUGUGAACAACAGCAGCAUGAGUCAGUGUCAUAGUCAGUCAAACUGUUCACUGCCGCAGGACUGAUGCUCUGUAAUAUCUCAUGCACUCGAUAGUGAGACAUUUUGUUCUUCCUCUACUCAGUCGCCAUUCUCUGUCUCUGGGCCGUUACGCUUAGCUGAAUAUAUUUUGUAGCUCUAUAUCAAAACCUAUACAUAGUGAUUAUGUAUAAAUGUACGUUUUCAGUAUGGAAACUACUCGCUAAAUGUGUGUAUGUGUGUGUGUGUGUUUGUGAUUACCGUAUCAGUGGUUUGCACAAUGUAACUGAUAUGCACUGAAAUGCUGUACGUGCUCUCUUGGUUGUGAUCUUGUUGAUAACGGAGUGACAAAAAAAAAAAAACGAGAGCCUGCGGACUGAACAGAUGAGAGAGCGCUUUUUGACCUUUCCACCUCCGUCUUGAUUUAUCCAAAGCAUCAAACCAUACUAUUGUACAUGCAGAGAAUGUGGUGCGUGCGUGCGUGUGUAUGCUUCUGUUACUCCUAAAGUACGAAGAAGGUGUGAUUUGAGUCUGCGAGCGUGGCAUCGGACACAUGCCGUGCGUAAUAAUAAGAGGGCACAUUUUUUCUUACCUAAACUUUUGUUUCUUGCAAAAGUCAUGCUUUUAAUUUCUUAAGAACAUUUACUCUAAAUAAUCUAUUGUUGAUAACUGUGGUGCGAAGUAAUGUGUCGUGUUUGAGGUGCAUAUCGUCCGUCGUCGUGUUUGACAGUGUUUGUGUUUGGCUGUGAGUGUGUGUACAGAGUUAACAGUGGAGUACCAGAGCCUUUCCCCCAGCCAGGAAGUCUUCUCUUUUAAAAGUACACACAGCGUAUUUGCUUACAGGUUCUGAACUAACAGCCACUGUAUUCACUCACUUAUGGCUGCAACUGUGCUUCUGCUCUUCAGCCUGCCCAAGGGCUGAGGAGAGGCACCACUGUAUGCGGAAAACUUAGGAAUACAAGACAAAGGACUUUUUCCCCUCAAAGCACCCACCGUCUGAGCGAGAAUUCCCCUGUAGCAACACUGACUGAAAUACACAGGCUCGACUACACUGUGAGCUCGGGCCUGAAUGCACCACCAGAUAGCAUUUCCACUUGGCAGUUUGUUGUGUCCUUUCCAGGCGCCGUGUGGCACACAUUCCAGACAAUAGUGUGAUUUGAGUGUUGGGUUUAAAACUCUUCUCAGCGUUUGCAGAUCCACCUGUGAUAUUUACCCCAUAGCUGUUUCCUCCAGUUGAGAGUCACUGUUACUGAGCACCGUUGAUUUCUUGACCAUUUUUAAGGUGCGUGUGGUGUUGUCAGAGGUGAUGUGUCAGUACUUCUUUCUUCCUGUGCUACCUACUCCACUCUUUCACCGCUGUUGAGUUUUAUAGGUCAGUAUCAGUGUCGACGGCGAUGACGAGCAAUAGUUUUGCGGAGGGAUCAGUGAGAGUGCAAUCCUCCCUCACACGAUACACGCCAGCUGUUGUAGACUAAUCGGAUGUGGUUUUCCCCCCGACCGAAAUUAUGUAACAGGCUGAAAUGUCUUAAAAGCAUUGUGAUGGUUCAUGGAGGAUGAAACACGUGAACCAAGAAAGUACCAGCUAAAUAACACUUUUCGCGCUCUGUUUAAACAUAUGAAUAUGAGUAGAAACUGUAUCUGCAUUAACAGUAGGUGAUUAGCCAGCGCUUUGUGUCAUAUCAUGUUCAAAAUGAGAUUUUAUAGGAAACAAAUUGCUCCUUUUGUGAGGUCGGUGUCCCCUUUUUAUGGCUAUAACCCAUAGUAAAUAAGAGUCUGUGUUGUUGAUCAUAUUCUGUACGUAUUAAAGAGAAAACAUGAAGCUGCGAUUCAUGUUAAUAUCCAGCGUUCCAUAUUUUAAGUGCACACCUGAUUGCACAUUUAUGUAUGAAGCCGUUUAUGUUGUAUGUAUGCAAAAAUAAAUGUACGUUGACCUGA